AUGACUACUCCUUAUUAUGGUACCAAGAACCCCAAUGAGUCAGUUAAAGAGACUGAGGAAAUAAUAUUUCGAGUUGUUGACGAUCUACAGAUUCCAUCCGAUGACAUUGAAAAGAGUCUAGAAAAAGAUACAGUGGUGAAUGUACCACGGCUACAAGAAUCAAGGAUCCAAUGGAAGAUACGAACUGGAAUCACAAUAUUUCUUAUUUUGACUCUUGUGAUUGGUGCAAUUAUAGUGAGUGAGCUGAUUCAUACAAACGAAAAUUGA